AUGAAGUCUAGUACAUUCUUGUCCAUUCUCGCCGCCUCCGUGGUUGGCUUUGUUGCUGCGGAUGACCUCAAGAUUGACGUGACACACUCAGUCCAGUGUGACCGCAAAACCCAAAAAGGCGACAAGGUCGCCAUGCAUUACAAGGGCACACUGGGUGACUCGGGGAAAAAAUUUGACGCUAGUUAUGACAGAGGCCAACCGCUCCAAUUUACGUUAGGGACUGGACAAGUCAUUGCAGGGUGGGAGAAAGGUCUUCUCGACAUGUGUAUUGGAGAAAAGAGAACAUUGACCAUCCCCCCCGAGCUUGCCUACGGCGAACGUGGUAUCGGCCCCAUCCCCCCAGGCGCCACUCUGAUUGGAGUCGAGGGUGUCGCCCCCCCCGAGGAAGAGACAGGGAAAGGAAAGGCAAAAGAGACCAAACAAGCUGAUAAAGCUGGUAAAAAGGUAAUCACACUCGUGCUUAAAGCUACUGAGGCCUCUAAAAUGUUCAUGGCUGACAACAGAUGA